AUGUCUACCAAGACCGCCACCUUGACGGACACGGAUAAGAGGGUGCCCGUGAAGAAAAGCCGUGUUUUCCGAAGAUCACGAGGAGGGUGUCGAAAUUGCAAAUUACGAAAGAUCAAGGCAAGUCCCAUUCCAAGCCGUGGCUCAAAUAUGUCACCUAACUCGUCAACCAAGCCCCAGUGUCGGUGCUGCCUAUCAUUUGGCGUCGUAUGUAACUAUGGUAUCAAUAUCCCGGACCUGCUGCCUUCCAAGGAGGCACACUCCCAGUGGGCUGGGACAACAUAUGACGCAAGGCCGCGGGCAAAGGCCCCAAUUCCACCCUUGAAGCAACGUAUAUCUAGCCAAGUUGCGUCCAGGACCUCGUCCGUCACCAUCGAAUUAGAUGCUAGAUCGAUGAGGAUUAUAACCCAGUUUUACGAGGAAAUUAAAACCAGGUUUGAAUUUCCAGCCACGGAUGUUUUCCAGUUCGCACAAAGUUAUCCUUUUCUGAUGCAUGCUACGUUGGCAUUGUCUCUCGCUCACGAGCGUUCUCUCAUCUCGACAAGCAAACCCAAUCAAGGCAGAACUGUAAGCGAGAUGAAACAUUUUCUCCAAUGCACGACGUUAUUUCAACGCCACCUGCGUGAAGAUAUCCAUCCAGUAGACCGGGAUCCGAUAUGGGCCACAGCGUCAUGGCUUAGCAUACUAUUGUUCAUAGCUAUCGACGAAAACGACCCUUCCAAAGCGUGGCCAUUCAAAGGGUCCGAAACGGCGGACAUGGACUGGCUACGCAUGGGAGAUACAAAGUGGAAGCUCUUUCAGCUCACCAACCCCAAUCGGCCGGAGAGCAUCUUUUAUCCCAUCUCAAACCUCUAUGCACAGAUGCGUACAAACAUCGCAGCCAGCGGGAUCGACAGCAUCUCCCCAUCUCUAUAUGAAGUGUGCGGCCUCGACGGAUCAAGCCGACACGACACGAAUCCGUACUUCCAGGCGGCUCAAACAAUAACUAACUUGGGGAACUUUGAGCCUUCGAAGAUCCCGUUUCCCGCGGCCAUGUCAUUUAUCACGCAUGGACACCCUGAUUUCAAAGUUCUUCUGCUAAAUAAGGACCCUGUGGCCUUGUUGCUACAUGCCUUAUGGUACAGCAGGGUGAGGAAAUCUGUCUGGUGGAUCAAUCUUCGGGCUAUCACGGAGCUCAAGGCCAUAUGCUUGUAUCUACGAGAGCACUAUAGCGAAAACGCUUUGAUCAUGGAACUCCUACCAUCAGACUAUUGA